GAUGACGAUACUGUGCAGCCAAUCAGCGGACACACAAGGCGAGGGUGUUUGGUAUGCCCUGGGACGGGGCAGCUUGUUCGCAGUAAUUCAAGGUUUUGGCCGUGUAACAAUAUUGUCGUGGUCGAUCAUUUGAAAGGAAAUAGUUCGGCAUCGUGUCGAUCAUCGAAUUUUCCCUCGGUUUUGGAACAAAUUGUGCGUAGAAUGGCCGGGGUUUUCGACAUCGAGUUGCACGAUGCGGCCACGGUAAAUAGGGACGAGUCGGACGACGAUGUUAUCGAGAUCGGCGAGGAGGAAUAUGACGCGAACCCAAACAUGAACGAAAUCACCGAAUCGGAGGGUGUUGAGAAAGUACCAAUAUCGGAACAGAAUGUCAAUCGAGGAAGAGAAAGAGCUGGUCCUGAGGAUUUCGAACUUUGUAAAGUUAUCGGGAAGGGUGGUUAUGGCAAGGUCUUUCAAGUGCGUAAAAUAACGGGUAAUGACAGUGGCACGAUCUUUGCGAUGAAGGUCUUGCGUAAAGCAUCAAUUAUAAGGAACCAAAAAGAUACUGCGCAUACUAAGGCUGAAAGAAAUAUCUUGGAAGCUGUAAAGCAUCCUUUCAUCGUAGACCUUAUGUAUGCUUUUCAAACUGGUGGCAAAUUGUAUUUGAUCUUGGAAUAUAUGUGUGGUGGUGAAUUGUUUCGACAUUUAAAUGAUGAAGGCAUUUUCCUUGAAGAAACUGCUUGUUUCUACUUGUCUGAAAUAAUAUUGGCGCUUCAACAUCUACAUUUACAAGGAAUAAUUUAUAGAGAUUUGAAACCUGAAAAUAUUUUAUUAGAUGCUGAAGGGCAUAUAAAAUUAACUGACUUUGGUUUGUGCAAAGAACACAUACAAGAUGGUACUGUUACACAUACAUUUUGUGGUACUAUAGAAUAUAUGGCUCCAGAAAUUUUAACGAGAAGUGGUCACGGUAAAGCUGUAGAUUGGUGGAGUCUUGGAACUCUUAUGUAUGACAUGCUCACAGGUUCACCACCAUUUACAUCUGACAACAGAAAAAAAACUAUUGAAAAAAUUCUGCGCGGAAAGUUGAAUCUCCCAAUGUAUCUAACACCUGAUUCCAGAGAUCUUAUUCGGAAGUUAUUGAAGAGACAAGUUGCUCAGAGAUUAGGGUCCGGUCCGUCAGAUGCAGAACAAAUAAAGGGUCAUCACUUUUUCAAGCAUAUCAGUUGGCACGAUGUCAUUUCCAGAAAGUUGGAACCGCCUUUUAGACCAACAUUAGCAAGCGAGGAUGAUGUGUCACAGUUUGAUAAGAAGUUCACAACAUCGGCGCCAAUAGACUCCCCAGCCGAAUAUACAUUAAGUGAAUCAGCCAACAGAGUAUUUCAAGGAUUUACAUAUGUAGCACCUAGUAUACUAGAGGACAUGUAUUCACAGCCACGGAUUAUAAAUGCUAGAAGUCCAUGUAGAGGUAAUAUGCGUGGUUUUUCACCGCGGACGACACAUUUUCAUUUGCAUAACACACACGUACAAACUCAUAGACAUAAUGGAGUCGGACACGGCAAUAUGGAGGAUACAGAAAUGAUCGAGAUAGGCUAACUGCCACUUGUUUUAUAGUAGAAAAUGCUUAGCAUUUUGGCCUAACUGCUGGAUAUCCAUGACCAAAUCCUUGUGUCUCAGGGAGGGAUUUUAUAAGAAUAUAGAUGGAGUAGCGAAAGGAUAGGUCCAAUAUCCGGUACUUCGUUGGAUAUCCAGCAGUUAAAAUUUAGCUAAUUUUUUUUUAAAUCAAAUUUAAUUAUAACAAAGGUACUAAUUAAGAUUAUGCUUUAAGAACAGCGACGCAGCAGUUAUUUGGUAGUAAGUAAUAAAGUAUAUAUAUAUAUAUAUAUAUACUUUAUAU